AGUUUUAUCGUUUGUUUUCUUAGAGAUGGUAAAGCUGGAGGUUUAAGAAGUUACAUGUUUAUUAGUAUUGAAGUAAUUUAUUAUUCUGAGGUGACAGUUUGGUGAUGACCUUGACCUCAAGUGAUUCUGUAGUGAAUUAAACGAUUAUAAUGAAGUUUUGAGCGGUACAACAGCGCGCGUUCGCGAGGUUCCUGUGUUUUGUGUCGGGUCGCGCGCGACUCAAUGUGCACAGCAUCGAAAUCAUUUCCAUCUAAAUGUUUAUUUUAUUUAUGUUCGAAUGUAUUUUUACCCCAAAAAACAAAGGUGACCACCUUUUGACACCGUAAGACUUCCAGUGGUCAGAAAUGGACAAGUACACAGCAUAUGUAUGGCCACGUCUGGAGCCCUUCCUCGUCGGGGUGCUUCCCGCCACACCUCCAAGCAAAUUCAGCAUGCAUUAUCUGCGCAAGAUGGCCAGUUAUGUCCGGACACGGGAUGGCUGCUUCCCCAGGCUUGGUUGGCAAAUGUGGCGACACAUCGCUUGUGGCAAACUGCAGCUUGCAGAGGAUCUGGCUUGGCUCUAUUUUGAAACUUUUGAUCUGUUGAUGCCACGCUCUGCCGAGCAGAGAUUAGAGUGGGCAGAAGCUCUGUCUCAAUGCCACACUCAGAAGGAGCUUGACAGGCAACGUUGUAAGCUGUCAGUAGACACUCUGCAGUUUCUACUGUUCCUAUAUUUACAACAACUGAAUCGAAUCUCUCUCCGCACGUCACUGAUUGGAGAGGAAUGGCCGAGUCCCCGAUCACGAUCGCCCUCAUCUUCUUCUUCUGAGAGAGAUGCCAAAAUUAGUUCCCAAAAUAAGAACUGGGAUGUUCAGGCUCAUCUUACUUUUAUUCAAACACACCUGCCUGAGCUCUUGGAACUGCUGGUGGAGCCAGGACAGCUGAGCAGUUCAGGACAGGUUUUGCGUGACAGCCACCUCACUUCAGAGGCUGUGGAGAGCCUCAGUCUUCUUCUGGAAGGAUCUGUGAGCCACAGCCGUACAGUUCAUCCAGUCCACAAGCUCCUCAGUCGCUCACAGCUGCAGUCCCAGGCGGGAUUCUCGAAACUCAGUUGUUCCUACUCUCUGCAGCAGUUCCAGGACUUUUUGCGUCAGGCCCUUUGCCUCAACCCCUUUGGCAUUUCCAACUGCUCACAAUCGGGCAAGAAACUGUCAUGGGCCUUGCAAGUAGAGGGCACGCUAAAGAAAGCCAAAAUAUUUCGAAACACCCAUGCAGCUCCUCCAGGAAGUCGACUGGUGGUCAUGUCGCAGGUCUGCAAACAGACAUUGGCCAAGGACUCUGAAAAGCUGAAUGAUGUCAACAUCAAACUCCACCGCUGCAGUGAGGCAUUCAUCUACCUUCUCUCUCCUCUGUGGUCUGUGACCCUGGACAAGUGCAGAAACAGUACACUAGUUCUGGGGCCGGUAAGGACCAGCGUCCACAUUCAGAGCUGUGAGAAUGUCCGUGUUGUUUGUGUGGCCGGUCGUCUGACCAUAGGAGGCUCCUUCAACUGCACAAUUCACUCCCUCACUCCAACUCGACCCCUUCUCCUUCCUGGAAAUGCGUCUCUCACUUUGGGCCCCUUUCACACACAGUACCCCACCCUAGAAGACCACAUGGCGAGUGCAGGUUUAGCAGUGGUUCCCAAUUUAUGGAACCAGCCUCUGCUGUUUGGAGUCGAGGGUUCAGCUCCAGAUACAGGCUGCUACCGAAUCCAGCCCCCUUCUGAGUUUUAUCCACUAGUGAUUCCCUUCCAAAUGGAUGGAGAUAACUGCGAGAUCCCUUGCAGCCUGCCGGAAGAUUUCCAGAAGGCCUUGGAGAGCCGAGAAAAGACCAUAGAGGAGUGGCAGAAGACUGUCAAGGAUGCACACUUGAACAAGGCUCAGCGACGGCAGUUUCAGGCCUUAGUGGAGCAGAAGUUCCAUGAAUGGCUACUUGAGACGGGUCAAAGACAAGAGCUGGACAGCCUCCUCCCUCCUACCAUCACCCCAUCCAGCUCUGCAGAGCACUGGUCUUCCAACCAGAACACACUUAAAGAACAAACGCAUGAACAACCAACGGGAACUGUUUGCUAAGAAAAUGGCUUAACGUUCAAAACCCCUUUAGUUCUCACAGAAGCAUUAGCAAUCUUCUGUUACGAAGGCUGUCCAUAUAGAAAGCUGGAUCUGGAUCUGAUGAGGACAUUGUGUCCUGUCACAUUAUUGAUGUCUAGAGAAAUCUAUGCUGGAUUAGUUUGUAGAGGUGCUUUUGUGUGUAGUGUUGCUGCUGGUGUCUGAUUUCGCUGUUUUAGCGUUAUGUUACUGCCCAUUAUAGGACACCAGUGAUUCCACAGGUUGACAUGCAAGAGAAUAUCACCAUAAGAGUCGUUAUUUUAUGAAAACAGGAGUACUGCUUUCGUAUGAAUUUAGAUGGAACAAGGAUGAGUUGUGUGUAGGCAUGUGUUGACAAAUGUUAUGCUCGGUUGGUACGUGACAUACACUUACUUGAAAAGUUUGCAGUUGUUGUCUGCUGAAAUCUCACGGCCAGUAUGAAUGUUUGUAUUUCUCCUUUGCUGUAUGUUUGUUCACAAUGCCUUACACUGUGUAAUUGCACUAUUAUUGUAUCUUCACAAUACAGAUUCCACAAAUGCUGUCACUUAAAA